AUGGUUGGGACAAUGGAAGAGCACGACACGAUGGAGGGAACAGAAAGCGAAGAUGAAGUGACAACAGAAACACAAGACAAUGGUCAUGGCGAGACGAAAACGAGCGAAGCCAGCAACAAGUUCCAGCAGGCCGUGGCAGCAUGGCGUUCUCUGGACCUUACCAAGCUGGUCUCGAGCCUAGACAACACCGCCUCCGAGAUUGUUACCCAGCAGAAGGACUCACUGGUACAGAGGAAAGAGCUUGCUCAGAAGACCAAGGACUUCCGAAAGCUGGACGAUCCCUCCAAACUGACCGAGAUCAAGGACCUGCUGAAGAUGUAUCAGGGCUACAUUGAUGUCCUGACGAACCACAACAAAGCUGUUUCUGCGGCUUUCAUGUCGGCUUAUUCUCCGCUGUCCGAAGCGCCGGACCCAUAUCCUCUGCUCGAGGCCUCUAUCGACUCUCUGGUGACUGCUGACGAGGUUGUACCUAAGCUCGAGUCGGAGAACGAUCGGUUGCAGAAUCAGGUCGCUAGACUCAAUUCUCAGCUAGAGGAGACAGAGACGCAAUUGGAGCAAGAGCGCAGCAAGAGGCAGUCGUUCGAGGGUUCGCAAGAUUCGAAAAUCAAGGAAGUCGAAGAAUCGUGGUCAGCUGUGCUAAAGGAGAAGGAGGACAAUUGGACAGCAAAAGAGAAAAGCUUGGAGGAGAAAGUCGAGAACCAAGACAGGUUGCUGAAGGAGCUGAAGGCCAGCUAUGAGGUAUCGCAGAGGCUUGAGAAGUCUGGGGAAGAGAUACAGGACAGUGGCCGAAACACAGCUACGGCGGCUGAGCUAGAAAUUGCGAAUUCGGAACUCGAAAGAACCAACAUGCGACUCGCCGAAGUGGAAGCCAGGAAUGAACAAUUGCGUGUCGAGCUUGCACAGGCGACAAGUCAAUCCAAUAGCUCCGCAAGGAGCACAGCAGUUGAGGACGACCCAGCGUACCUGAGACUGAGGUCCGAGAACACCUCAUUACUGCGAAAGCUGGAUACAGCUAGGUAUGGCAAGGACGAGGCGAGAAUAGAGCUGGAGAACAAGCUGCGAGUCAUCGAACGAGAGCUCAGCUCGCUCAAAGCAGAUCGAGACGCCCUUCAAAGCAAGGUUCAGAAAUGGAGCGACUAUGAUGAAGUCAAACGAGAACUUGACAUGCUCCGCGCAAUCGAGUUUGCGAGUAUUGAAGACGUCGAUACCACGGAGACUGAAGUGGCUUCACAUGCCAAUGGGUCUGCAGACAAGCAGAAGGGUGAGAGCCUGGAGCAAUUGCUUGUAGCACGGAAUAAGAAGAUUAGCAACGAAUUGACCGAGCUCCGGGUGUCCCACCAAGACCUCCAACGUCGGUUUGAGGAGCUGCAGGAGGACCUGUCCAGCACGAACAUGGAGCUGGAGAAGGCGCGCAAUCUCAACGCUACAUUGGAGAAUGAUCUCCAGAAGACGCAGCAAGAGGCUUCGAACGCCUUUGAAACGAUGUCCGUGGCAGGGACAUACACCUCGCGGUAUCCCAAGUCUCAAUACGGGAGUCGACGAGGCGGGGGCGCGUCACCGACAUCCUCUAUCAUUGGCGGGUUCGAGGGAUCAUCCGGCUCUGGGACACCAACGAGGUCAACACUGGACUCUCUCCGCGCAGGUGAGCCAGUAGGUGGUGGGUCGGGUAUCCUUCCCAUGGUCACUGCACAGCGUGAUCGCUUCAAGAAGAAGAUCGGCGAGCUGGAGCAAGAAUUGCAAAAGCAAUAUCAGACCGUCUCGUCACUCCGUUCAGAAGUGGCGUCCUUGCAGAAGGAUAAUCUGAACCUGUACGAAAAGACGAGAUAUGUCUCGACCUACAACAGAAGCCAACCAGCUUCCUCAGGAGCGGCGUACGGUGCCAAUCCAAACCCAUCGACAGUUCAGGUGGGCUCGGCAGAUACACCAUCUGGCCUAUCACUCGACCGAUAUCGAUCAGCAUACGAGCAGAACAUAUCUCCCUUUGCGGCGUUCCGAGGACGAGAGAGCGCCCGAGCUCUGAAACGGAUGAGCUUACCCGAGCGAGCGGUUUGGCAGAUCACGCGCAUGGUGUUGGCAACACGCACGAGCAGAAACUUGUUUGCCCUAUAUUGCUUGGCCUUGCAUCUACUCAUCUUUGUGAUGCUCUAUUGGAUGGGCGCCUCAGAUAUCGAGAGACAUGCUAGUAAGCUGGGCGCCGGUUCGGUUGCCGGAUCCGCGGCCAAUGCUGCUGCGAAUGCUGCUGUUGGUGGAGGAGCGGAUCAUGGCGACUGGCAACAAGAAGGCUUCCAAGCUGGUGCGUCGUAA